GGGCCCGUCCGCUCUGUGGACGCGGCUCGCUGGCACCCAUCCCCAGGGAGGUGCGGAGGCUUGGGCGGCCUCCGACGUGACCCGCCGGCAGAGACACUCGUUUGGGGUCUGGGUUGUGGGCACGGGCGCCAUCUGAGUCAGGUUUGCGGCCCGGCAGCCGAGGGCUUGGAGCGCGGUGCUCCAAGCGGGUGGCGGGGAGGUCAUGGCGGAUCCCGCCUCGCGACACCUGUCGCUGCCCUCCGGGCUGCUGGAGUUGUGCGCGUUGCUGGGCGCUUCUCAGGACAGCCUACGUGGCUUGGAGCAGAUUGUCCAGAAGCGAGGAGUGAAGAGCACCUUUUCCCUUGUCCCCGAAGUGCUCUCUGUUUUUGUACCCCCUUUCACCAUGAGAGACGAUGGCCGGGUGCCUGGAGCCAGCAGUACUCUCAGCAAAGCCAGGAGGCGUUCUUUCCGGAAGAAGCGAGACAAGAACAGGAUGGAACCCUGGAAGAGCCACCCUGGAGACUCAAAGGGGUCUGACACUGAAGACAUCACUGUCCCAGGUGGUGUGGACCUCCUUGCCCUGCCCCAGCUGUGCUUCCCAGGGGGUGUGUGCGUGGCUUCGGAACCAAAAGAGGACUACAUCCAUUUCCUGGUGCUCACGGAUGUCUGUGGGAACAGAACCUAUGGUGUGGUUGCCCAGUACUACCGACCCCUGCACGAUGAAUAUUGUUUCUACAAUGGCAAGACCCACUGGGAGCCCAGCAUGAGCUCAGCUAGACGCUUUGUCCCCUUUGCAGUGUGUGUGGUGUCCCGGUUCCCGUACUACAAUUCCCUCAAGGACUGCCUCUCCUGUUUAUUGACUCAUCUGAAACUCUGUAAAGACUUUGAAGUUGACAAUCAUAUAAAAGAUUUUGCUGCAAGACUGUCACUAAUCCCCAGUCCACCUCCUGGUCCACUCCACUUGAUAGUUAACAUGAAGCCUCUGCAGGUUGUGUUUCCCUCUCGAGCGGACCCCGAGAGCCCCAUCAUCGACUUGGACCUUCACCUGCCUCUGCUCUGCUUCCGACCUGAGAAGGUGUUGCAGAUCCUGACCUGCAUCCUGACGGAACAGCGCAUCGUGUUCUUCUCCUCAGACUGGGCUCUGCUGACGCUCGUUGCUGAGUGCUUUGUGGCCUACCUGCACCCCCUGCAAUGGCAGCACACCUUUGUGCCCAUCCUGUCGGGUCAAAUGCUGGACUUUGUCAUGGCUCCCACGUCUUUCCUCAUGGGGUGUCAUCUUGACCACUUCGAAGAAGUCAGAAAGGAAGCUGAUGGCUUGGUCCUGAUAGACAUUGACCACGGGAGUGUCACCUGCUCUAAGUCCUCUGACGAUGACGCAGACAUCCCUGAUGUCCCUCUUCUUCUGGCACAGACCUUCAUUCAGAGAGUCCAGAGCCUCCAGCUGCACCCAGAUUUGCACCUGGCCCACCUGAGCUCCAGCACAGACUUGAAUGAGGGCCGCGCCCACCGCCGCGCCUGGCAGCAGACUCUCAACUGCAAGAUUCAGCAUAUCACCCUGCAGCUGCUCGUCGGCAUCUUCAGGGAAGUGAAGAAUCACUUGAAUUAUGAGCACCGAGUCUUCAACAGCGAGGAGUUUCUGAAGACGAGAGCGGCUGGGGACCAGCAGUUCUACAAGCAGGCUUUGGAUACCUACAUGUUCCACUCCUUUCUGAAGGCCCGACUCAAUGGUAGGAUGGACGCCUUUGCUCGGAUGGACCUCGACACCCAGUCUGAGGAGGACAGGGUAGACAGGAUGCUUAUAAGUCCAAGGAGACCUACUGUGGAGAAGAUGGCCUCUAGGAAAGCCUCCCCCCUGCACAUCACCCACAGGCGCAUGGUGGUCAGCAUGCCCAACCUGCAGGACAUCUCCCUGCCCGAGCUGCCACCCAGAAACUCGUCGCUUCGGAUAAUGGACACCUCAAGCUGCAAAAGCAGCAGCCCAGUUCUCAAAAUGACUCCUAAGUCAACAUAUACCUUCAAGAUCCCUGAGAUCCACUUCCCGCUGGUGAGCCAGUGUGUUCAGGCAUACUACACGGACCUCGUCACCCUUCUGAGCAAGGCCAUGGGCUUGCUGGGCCCUGGUGACUCUCUGCUCCUAGCCAGGUACUUCUACCUGCGUGGUCUUAUCCAUCUGAUGCAGGGACAACUGCUGAGUGCCCUCUUGGACUUCCAGAGCCUGUAUAAGACUGACAUAGGGAUCUUCCCGGCUGACCUUGUCAAGAGGAUGGUGGAGUCCAUGUCAGUCUCCGAGUGGGCCCAGGCUGAGCGGACGCCUGAGCUUAAGCGGCUCAUCACAGAGGUCCUGGAUAAGCCCGGCGAAGCCCCCAAGGCUGAUGAUGCAGUGAAGAACUUUGAACUGCCCAAGAAGCACAUGCAACUGAAUGACUUUGUGAAGCGGAUCCAGGAGUCAGGGAUCGUGAAGGAUGCCGCCAUCAUCCACCGCCUGUUUGAUGCACUGACUGUGGGACGUGAGAAACAGAUUGACCCCGAAACAUUCAGAGAUUUCUACACGUGCUGGAAGGAGACGGAAGCAGAGGCGCAGGAGGUCAGCCUGCCCGCCCUGCUGAUGGACCAUCUGGAUAAGAAUGAGUGCGUGUACAAGCUGUCCAGCUCCGUGAAGACCAACCGCGGAGUGGGCAAGAUUGCCAUGACCCAGAAGCGCUUGUUCUUGCUUCCUGAGGGACGGCCUGGCUAUGUGGAGAUUGCCACCUUCAGGAACAUAGAGGAAGUCAGAAACACCACAGUGGCAUUUCUCCUCCUGAAGAUACCUACAUUAAAGAUCAAGACAGAGUCCAAGAAGGAAGUCUUCGAGGCUAACCUCAAGUCUGAGUGUGACCUCUGGCACCUGAUGGUGAAGGAGAUGUGGGCCGGGAAGAAGCUGGCAGAUGACCACAAGGACCCACAGUAUGUCCAGCAAGCACUGACCAAUGUUUUGCUAAUGGAUGCCGUGGUUGGCACACUGCAGUCACCUAAUGCCAUUUACGCUGCCUCCAAGCUGGCCUACUUUGACAAGAUGAAGAAUAAAAUGCCCAUGGCAGUCCCAAAGACAACCUUGGAGACCCUAAAACACAAGAUUAACCCUUCGGCUGGAGAGACCGCUCCCCAAGCUGUUGACAUCUUGCUGUAUACUCCAGGGCGCCUUGACCCUGCAGAGAAAAUUGAAGAUGCACACCCCAAGUUGUGGUGUGCCCUGAGUGAAGGCAAAGUGGUCGUGUUUGACGCUUCCUCUUGGACCAUCCACCAGCAUUGCUUUAAAGUGGGUGCCUCUAAAGUGAACUGUAUGCUGAUGGCAGAGCACAGCCAGGUGUGGGUGGGCUCUGAAGACUCCGUCAUCUACAUCAUCAACGUCCACAGCAUGUCCUGCAACAAGCAGCUCACGGAUCACCGAGCUGCAGUCACUGGCCUGGCCAUGCAGAAUGGAAAGAAGCCCAGUGAGAUCUACUCCUGUAGUCUGGAUGGGACGGUCCUGGCGUGGAAUGUCAGCACACUUCGAGUGACCAGCCGGCUCCAGCUGCCGUGUGGUGACCUCGUGUCCAUCAGCCUGCACAGUGACCGCCUGUGGUGUUGCACAGCCCGCAGGAUCAUGGCGAUGACACUGCAGGGGUUUCUUCGUCAAGAGCUGAGGACUGAGAACUUGGACAAGGCACACGCCUCCUUCCUGGCCUUCCAGCUUCUGCCUGAGAAGGAGCAGCUGUGGGUGGCCUGCGUGGGGAGCAGUGACCUGUACAUUUGGAGCCUGAAGGACCUGGGCCAGCCUCCUCAGAAGACCCACUUGCAAGACUGUGCCGAGGUCAGCUGCAUGAUCCGUGUAAAGAGGCAGAUCUGGGUGGGUGGCAGAGGGCUGUCUCAGGGAAAAACCAGAGGGAAAAUCUAUGUGAUGGACGUGGAGACGAUGACAAUGGAAAAGGAACUGGUGGCACACUUGGACAGCGUGAGGACUCUGUGCUCUGCCGAGGACCGCUACGUACUGAGUGGAGCAGGCCAGGAGGAGGGCAAGAUCGCCAUCUGGAAAGUUGAGUGAGAGCUAUGUGCUG